GUACAUAGAUUUCAACAGCUUAUACACAUUCACACUCGGUGAUAUUACGCAUUCCGAGCCGAUACGCUGCUCGAGCUUCAGCGUACCUGACUAUGGCACGGCGGGUUUCGCCUCCUCUCUUUCAACCCCCUGAACAGCAUGCGAGUCGCGGACCGACAUGACAGCGAACAACCGAGCGACCAAAGCCGCCUCUCCUCCUCCACACCGGCGGCCGUGCGCGCUACCGAGGCAGGGAGCGGGAGUCGGGCUGCUCCGGUACGCGGUUCUGGUGGCGGUGUGCGCGCUCUGCUACAGUAACUCUCUCUGGGGAGAGUUUGUGCAUGAUGAUAUAUGGGCCAUCACCAAUAAUCCGGAUGUCAGACCGGGCUCGAGCCUGCGGAGCAUCUUUACUAAUGACUUUUGGGGCAAACGGAUGGCUGAUAACACGAGCCACAAAUCCUAUCGUCCCCUCUGCAUCCUCACUUUCAAGUUAAACAUACUUCUGGCCGGCAUGACCCCGUUCUACUUUCACCUGGUGAAUGUGUGUCUGCACUGCAUGGUCACGGCACUGCUCAUGCACACCUGUGAACAGUGUGUGUUCGAUGACGGCAACCUGUCCUUCCUCACCGCCCUCCUCUUCUCAGUGCAUCCCAUUCACACAGAAGCAGUGUCUGGGAUCGUUGGGAGAGCCGAUGUGUUAGCCAGCAUGUUGUUCCUUCUGACCUUUCUCUCCUAUAUUAGGAGUGUGUCAGUAAACAGAAUGGCUGACGCCUUUCCCCCGACAGUCUCGGUCCUGUCAUUGUCUCUCAGUCUGUUUCUGGGCACCUGCGCCAUGCUGGUAAAAGAGACGGGCAUCACUGUGUUUGGUGUCUGCGUCCUAUACGAUAUCCUGGUGAUCUGCCGUAAGCCCUUUAUCUUGCACUUGUCACACUCCAGGUUAAAGGAGCUCGUAAGAAAUUCCUCCCCAUUCAUCAAGCGUGCCUGUGUCGUCUCAUUACAUGUCAUAGUCAUCAUGUCUGUUCGCUUAUGGUUGAUGGGCGGCUCUAUGCCACUGUUUUCAGAGCAAGACAAUCCAGCAUCUUUCUCUCCGCACCUGCUCACAAGGUUUCUCACGUAUUGCUAUCUUCUCACCUUCAACGCCUGGCUCUUACUGGCACCCAUAGUGCUUUGCUAUGACUGGCAGGUGGGAAGUAUACCUUUAGUAGAAUCUCUGUGGGAUGGACGUAAUAUUGCAUCAUUGCUUCUGGCUCUGGUCAUGCUGGCGUUGAGCGUGACCUGUGUUACACAUCUGCAGAAGAUGGAAGGGAAGGAGGUAUUAGUGGGCGUCCUGUUCCUGGUCUUUCCCUUCAUCCCAGCCAGUAAUCUGUUCUUCCGUGUGGGAUUUGUGGUGGCGGAAAGAGUUCUCUACAUGCCCAGUAUGGGCUACUGUGUUCUGGUGGUCCAUGGGUUAAACAGAUUGUAUUCAGUGGUCAGUCGAUGGGGUGCAGCCGCUCUUACUGUGUCCAUGCUGGUUGUUCUUCUUCUCUUCUCCUGGAAGACCGUCCAACAGAAUGAGAUCUGGCUCUCCAGAGAAGCCUUGUUCAGGUCUGGCAUUCAGACGUUACCUCACAAUGCUAAAGUUCAUUACAACUAUGCCAACUUCCUAAAGGACAGAGGGAGAAACCAAGAAGCCAUUUACCACUAUAAAACCGCCCUCAGUCUGUACCCACGACAUGCCAGCGCUCUGAAUAAUCUCGGCACUCUGACUCAACAGGCUGAGGAGGCUGAAAUUUAUUACAGGAAAGCGCUGGACAUUAACCCUCAACACAACAGAGCUCUGUUCAACCUUGGAAACCUCCUUAAAUCACAGGGGAAGGAGGAAGAGGCCGAGAGGAUGUUACAGGAGUCCAUUCGGUUUGGUCCACAUUUCGCUGAUGCGUACUCCAGCCUCGCCUCUUUGUAUGCUGACCAGGGACGUUCAAAAGAAGCAAAUGAGAUUUACACAAAGGGUAUUGAGAACUGUCCAGAGAGUUCUGACCUCCAUAAUAACUAUGGUGUGUUCCUGGUAGACACAGGUCACGGGGAGCGUGCAGCGUUUCAUUACCAGGAAGCUGUCCGUCUUAAGCCGGCUCACUAUGUUGCCAUGGUGAACCUGGGCCGCCUUCUUCGCUCCUCCAAUGACAAUAAAGAGGCGGAACUGUGGUACAAAAGGGCUCUGCAGGUGGUUCGUAAAGUGGAUAUCUUGACCCCUCUUGGGGCUUUAUACUAUAACACGGGUAGAUAUGACGAAGCCCUGGAGGUGUACAAAGAAGCAGCCACGUUGCAGCCGGACAGUACUGAUAUCUGGCUCGCUUUGGCGCAGGUUUUAGCCAUGGCGGGCCGAUCUACAGAGGCAGAGAAAAUGACAAUGGGCAUUAUUUCAAAGACGAGCAACUGCAUUGAAUGUUACCGCUUGCUGUCCGCCAUCUACAGCAAACAAGGCAACCACACAGAGGCUUUAGAUGCUUUGAAAAAAGCCCUGCGGCAUAAACCGUUAGACGCUGCGGUGCGGGCAGAGCUGCAUUUCUCCAUGGGUAACCAGCUCAGAGAGAUGAAUGAUCUUGACCAAGCCUUCCAGAGCUACAAGCUUGCUGUUGAGCUGAAACCCGACCAAUCGCAAGCUUGGAUGAACAUGGGCGGCAUUCAACAUAUCAAGGGAGACUAUGCUGCAGCAAGAAUGUACUACCAAAGAGCCCUUUUACUCUCACCCGACUCAAAACUGCUGAAGGAAAAUCUGGCCAAGCUGGAUAGACUGGAGAAAAAAAUACACGGGACCUAAAGGAAUGACGUGACUUGAGCUAUUGGCCAAAUCACAGAAGAAAAGUGACCAAGAGAGAUGGGUGGGCGUGGGGCAAACUAAGACAUGCAAACUACAGCUUUCAGGACUCAGGAGAUGAUAAAUGGCUGCUCCCAGCCCUCCAGACUCUAUAAGAAUUGAACCAAUCCAAAUGGCUGAUGUUUUUAAGCCUCUCCAUCCAGGGCUGGACCGCACAGAUACCUCUGACCUCAGCGCAUCACCGCAGUUAUCUCACGGACCCACAUGUCCUCCGCACCAGUGUCCACGUGUGUUGUACCCAAAGCCUUUUUACUCUUUAUGAAGUGUUUGGAUGAUGAGAGCCUCUCUAUGACUUGACUAGAUUGAAGGGUCCACUUUAGAUAAUGGGGCUUUUUUAAAUCUGCACCUUUCAAGUGUUAAAACAGAAGAGGGUUUUUUUGGGAUCCAACGGCUGGCUCUCGACAAAACAGCCGUUCCGCUCGACCGCCGAGGCUCGAUCGGCUUCACUGAUUGCAAAGCCUCGGAAAGCAUUUCAGACCAAAUACUCUGUUAGAGAUGACUGAUGCUUCUGUGGGUGGUCUGCUUAUAUUCUGCAUCCACUUGUUUCAGUUCUUACAAGCAUUUUGUGAGUGAUUUAAAUGAAGGAAAACGUGUUUUAUCAUGUUAAUAUUUGAUCUUUUUUGUUAUACAUGCUAUUAUUGUUGAAUGUAUUGUGAACUAAAGGCAUAUUGACCUGUGCAGUGAAUUACAUAUCAAGAAUCCUCAUAUAAGCUGUAAUACUGAAGACUCUUAAUAUUCAAAUCACAACAUAUCCUUGAACUGUGUCACCACGUCAUUAAAUGGAUUUUAAUCUGUUUUUAUUGGUGGCCAAAAUUUGUCAUGCGGUACUUUCGAUUGUGCCGUAAUCUUUGCACUUACAUUUGGUUGCCAUAGAAACAGUCAUCAAGAACAUUUCUUGAAUUCAGCAGCCGUGCUAAACAUGUCAUACCAAGAAACCAAUGAGAAGUAAUGUAUCAUUAUUUAAUAAAUAUCAUCCAGUAUCUGUG